UUUCAGUCUACGUCUCAGUCAAUGGGUGUGUCAGGGCAUAAUAUUUGAAGGAGUGAGUGCCAGGCAGUGUUGCUGCACCAGUAAUCAGGUCUAGGUGAGCUGCGAAAGAGGGCCCUGAACACAGAAAGGGGAUGGCAUCUAAAGACUACCCUCCACCCACCACCUAUGCAGCACCUGAAGUGCCCACAGGAUUAGCCUUUUAUCUAACAAUCCCAUAUGCUUUCUUCAUUCCAGAACUGGUAUUUGGAUGCUGGGUCUGGAUUCUGGUAGCUGCCACCGAAGUGUAUUUUGAUUUGUUGCAAGGAUGGGUUAUGUAUGUAUCCAUCACUUCAUUCCUCAUCUCCCUGAUGUUCAUGUUGUCUUACUUACUUGGAUUUUAUAAAAAAUAUGAAUCCUGGAGAGUUUGGGAUAGCCUUUAUCAUGGAUCUACAGGAAUUUUGUACAUGAGUGCAGCUGUUUUACAAGCAAAUGCAACAAUUCGCACGGAGAAAGAAAGACCUGGGAAAAUUUUUUAUGAACUGAAUACUGCUGCCACGUUCUUUGCUUUUAUUACUACCUUUAUGUACAUCCUCCAUGCCUUCAGCAUCUACUACCACUGAAGGAGAGCAGAAUGACAACAGGACAGAGAGGAAUCUUUGUGUCCCGUCAGGACAUACAUCCAAAAGCUGGACUGAGAAGUAGUUGGCCCAUGUUUUCAGACUGUAUAAAACAAAAGUACUUUUGGUAACUUGGUUUUGAAAUUUUAAUUUGUCUUGAGUUUUUUGGAUAUCAGAUGCAACUGUAUUGUAUAUUAAAAAUGUAUUAUUUUAGUUUGCCUGGAAAAUAACUGACUCUGGGAAUUAUUUACCAAUGAAUAAAGCAAGUGUGGUGCAUUUGUAUUCCUUCAUGUGAAAGGUUAAACCCCAGAGAUAUCACUCCCUGAUCAAUGAACUAGCAACAGGAUUAUUUAUGUUUUAAAUAGUGUUCAUGAUCAAUUCAUUAUUGUUUAUCAAUCAAUAUGGGGCAUCUAGGUGACACUCGUCUUCUUGAGUUCAAAUCUGGCCUCAGAUACUUACUAAUUGUGUGACGC